GCCGGUGCCCGGCAGCCAGAACCCCGUGCCCCGGUGCCGGUGCCCGUUAUCCGGUCCCGGUUCCCGGUGGCGAUCCCCGUAGCCGGUCCCCAGUUCUCCGUCCCCGGUUCCGCUCCCCGGGCCCGGUGUCGUGGCCGGUGCUGGUCCCCGGUGCCGCUCUGACAUCAGCACCGGGCGGGGCGGGGCGGGGCGGCUCCAACCGGGGAAGAAAAGCGUCUCCCGGUGCCGAUCCCGGUGCCGGUACCCGGUUCCCGGUGCCGCUGCCCCAGCGGCCGGGGGGGCUCGGCCACCACCGGGGCUCUCGGGGACCGGCGGCCGCCGCGGCCGCCAUGGCCCGAACCGGGCGCUGAGCUCCCCCCGCCCCCCGCCCGGUACCGGGACCCUCCCCGAGGCCACCGGGGCGGUACCGGCGGGGCGGGCGCUCGCAGCAUCCACCGGGAUUUUGGGGAGCAGCACCCGGGAAACGGCCGGGACGCACCGGGAGCGCCGGGAGCGCCGCCCCCCGGGCAGAGCUGCCCCCGCCCCGCCGCGCCCCGUCCCCGGAGCCGAGCCGAGCCCCGGGGCCGCCUCGUCCUUUGUGUGCGCCGGGGCACCGGGCACCGCCGCGAGCACCGGGAGCCGAGCCCGGGCGGUGAUAGCGGGGAGCGGGAGCGGCCCCGGGGCCCGGGGACCCCCCGGCGGCCCCAUGAAGGAGCCCGACGCCAUCAAACUCUUCGUGGGGCAGAUCCCGCGGCACCUGGAGGAGAAGGACCUGAAACCGAUUUUUGAGCAAUUCGGGAAAAUCUACGAGCUCACCGUCAUCAAGGACAAGUACACCGGGAUGCACAAAGGAUGCGCCUUCCUGACCUACUGCGCCCGCGAGUCGGCCCUGAAGGCCCAGAGCGCCCUGCACGAGCAGAAAACCCUGCCGGGGAUGAACCGGCCCAUCCAGGUGAAGCCGGCGGACAGUGAGAGCCGAGGAGAGGACCGGAAGCUCUUCGUGGGGAUGCUGAGCAAGCAGCAGGCGGACGAGGACGUGCGGAAGAUGUUCGAGCCCUUCGGCACCAUCGACGAGUGCACGGUGCUGCGCGGCCCCGACGGCACCAGCAAAGGCUGCGCCUUCGUCAAGUUCCAGAGCCACGCGGAGGCCCAGGCCGCCAUCGCCGCCCUGCACGGGAGCCGCACGCUGCCGGGCGCCUCGUCCAGCCUGGUGGUGAAGUUUGCGGACACGGAGAAGGAGCGGGGGCUGCGGCGCAUGCAGCAGGUGGCGAGCCAGCUGGGCAUGUUCAGCCCCAUCGCCCUCCAGUUCGGCGCCUACAGCGCCUACACGCAGGCGCUGAUGCAGCAGCAGGCGGCCCUGGUGGCCGCGCACUCGGCCUACCUCAGCCCCAUGGCCACCAUGGCCGUCCAGAUGCAGCACAUGGGCACGGUCAACCCCAACGGGCUCAUCGCCACCCCCCUGCCACCCUCCUCAGGAACCAGCACCCCCCCGGCCAUGGCGGCCACCCCCGUCCCGGCCAUCGCGGCCCCGCUGAGCGUCAACGGCUACAGCCCCGUGCCCGCGCAGCCCGCGGGACCCCCCGCCCCCGACGCCGUCUACGCCGGGGGGGUCCCCCCCUUCCCAGCCCAGAGCCCCGCGGCCCCCGGGGACCCCCUGCAGCAGGCGUACGCCGGCAUGCAGCACUACACUGCCGCGUACCCGGCCGCCUACGGGCUGGUGAGCCCGGCCUUCGCCCCCCCGGGACCCCUGCUCGCCCCCCCGCCCCCCCCGCAGCAGCAGCAGCGUGAAGGCCCCGAGGGCUGUAACAUCUUCAUCUACCACCUGCCCCAGGAGUUCGCCGACACCGAGAUCCUGCAGAUGUUCCUCCCCUUCGGCAACGUCAUCUCCGCCAAGGUCUUCGUGGACAGGGCCACCAACCAGAGCAAGUGCUUCGGCUUCGUGAGCUUUGACAACCCCGCGAGCGCCCAGGCCGCCAUCCAGGCCAUGAACGGCUUCCAGAUUGGGAUGAAGCGGCUCAAGGUGCAGCUCAAGAGGCCCAAAGACGCCAACCGGCCCUACUGAGCCCGGUCCGGAGGCUCCGGAGCAGCACCUUUGGGUGCCCCCCCUUGCAGAGCAGCCCCCCCAAACCCAGCGGUGCCCGGGGGGGGGCUCGGUCCUGCUGGGGGGGGCCCCAGACCCCCCCACGCUCAGGAAGGAUGGACCCCCCCCUCCAGGCCCCCUCCCACCCCCCCAGUCCAUCCCAGUCCGUCCCAGUCCAGCCCAGUGCAGGGUGCCAGUGCCCCCCCACAGCAGCCACUGGUUUUGGGGGGGUCGUGCCCACCCUGGGGGCCCCCAAAAGGACCCCCCCCACCCUCCCCCCCCGGGACCCUUCUUGGGGCUUUUCUCACCAAACAGGACCAAAAGCAGCUCCAAACUGGGGGGAGGGGGUCCAUGGGGGGUCACGGAGGGUCCUGGGGGCCUUUGGGGGUCCCAAAGGGGGGGACACGGCCCCCCCAAUAUCCUCCCGGGGGCGCAGCGGGACCCCAACACUGCCACUGCCACCCGCUCCGCCCACAACCUGCCUCAGUUUCCCCUCGGGAUGGGCCAGCACUGGGAUGGGCCGGGACUGGGACUGGGAUGGACUGGGACUGGGAUGGACUGGGACUGGGAUGGACUGGGACUGGGAUGGAUGAGCACUGGGAUGGACUGGGACUGGGAUAGGCUGGCACUGGGAUGGACUGGGAUUGGGAUGGAUGAGCACUGGGAUGGACUGGGACUGGGAUAGGCUGGCACUGGGAUGGACUGGGAUUGGGAUGGAUGAGCACUGGGCUGCUCCAUCACCCGGAUGCUCCGGCACUGGGAUGGUCCCACACCGGGAUGCUCCAGCCCCACUCUGGUCCAGCACUGGGAUGCUCCACACUGGGAUGUUCCGACACUGGGACACUCUGGGACCAGGAUGCUCCAAUACUGGAAUGUUCCACCACGGGGAUGCUCUGAUACUGGGACGAUCCCACAGCAGGAGAUCCCACAGCAGAGGAUCCCACAGCAGAGGAUCCCACAGUGGGAAAUCCCACAGCAGGACGAUCCCAGAGCAGGAGAUUCCCACAGCAGGAGAUCCCACAGCAGGAUGGUCCCAGAGCAGAGGAUCCCACAGCAGAAGAUCCCAGAGCAGAGGAUCCCACAGCAGAAGAUCCCAGAGCAGAGGAUCCCACAGCAGAAGAUCCCACACCGGGAUGCUCCAGCCCUGGGAUGGUCCCACCCCGGGGUGCUCCAAGGUCGGAGGGAUCCAAGCCCGGAAUGUUCCCACACCAGAACGUUCCAUCAGAUGCUCCAGCACCGGAAUGCCCUGACCCGGGACGUCCCCACUCCUCCGGGACGUCCCCACUCCAAAACGUCCCCAUUUUUUGGGAUGUCCCCACCAGGAGCCGGAUGGAUCACGGGAAUUCCUGGCAACUCCAAACCAGCCAAAUCCAGGGGACACUGGGGGACACCGGGAGCAGCCGGAGCGGGGACAGGGACACGGACACGGGGCUCCCAAAUCCCACACCCCAAACGAUCCCAAAUCCCAAAUCCGGGGGGUGCCAGCCCCCACCAGCCAAACCAGGGCUGUGCCCAGCCCGGAGCCCCCCAGGACCCCAAACCCCAACAGCCCCAACCAGUGCCCCCCCAAAACCAGUGCCCCAAACUGGGCCAGUGAUCCCAAACCAGUGCCCCAAACUGGGCCAGUGACCCAAACCAGUGACCCCAAACUGGGCCAGUGACCCAAACCAGUGACCCCAAACUGGGCCAGUGUCCCAAACCAGUGCCCCAAACUGGGCCAGUGCCCCCCAGACCAGUGACCCCAGCCCCCCCAAACUGGGACAAUUCCCCCCCAGGAGGGGUCGGUGCCACCCCAGCCCCCCCAGACUGGGUCAGGGGUCCCCCCAAACUGGGUCCAGUGUCCCCCCAGCCCCCCCAGACUGGUCAGAACCCCCCCAGUUCCCCCCAGACUGGGUCAGGGCUCCCCCAGCCCCCCCAGCCCGGGCUCGGUGCCCCCCGCCCCCCACCCCAGUGCCCCCAGCACCCCCAAACCAGUGCCCCCCUCUUCACCCCCAUCCCUGCUGUACAUAAGGGGGGUGUUGGGCCCCCUCCGUGUCCCCCCCAUUUUGGGGGGGUUUGGGACCUGCUGGGUUGAUUUUGGGGGGUGGGGGGGGUUUGGGGGGCGUUGGGGGAGGGGCAGUGAAGCCCCCUGGGCUCAAGGCUUUAUUUAUUUGCUAUUUAUUGCAGUUCCUUUCAGAAUUGACUUUUUUUCUCUCUUUUUUUUUUUUGGUUUUUCUGUCGAAAUAAAAAAUUAAAAAAAAAAAAA